UUGGUCGUAGUUGUCACAUGCAACAACAACAGGAAGUUAUUCGCUGCGUUAGUAUGAGCCAAAUUCAUACAGUAAGGAAAUUGUAAAUUUAAUAACUGAACUACGAGAUGUAAAUAAUAAUGUCGCAGACUUUUCCGUAAAUUGAGGAUUUCAGUGCAGCCGGAAAGAUGAGUCUGCGUGCUUUGUGGAUUAUUUCUCGUGAGAAUGGAGAAAAUGUUUCAACCUUUUCAAGGAGGUUCUCUACCGUGGAGCACCGUGCAAAGAAGCUGGCAGGCUCCGCAUAUGUAGCAGUCCCAGAGGAGAACACUGUGCUGCAGCUCCUGCUCACUGAGCUGGGGCUUACAGAGUCUGACAAAUCGUACGUAGCUCUCAGAGAUGAUUGCCUUCAUUGUCGGCGGUCACCAGCCCUGGAGCUACGUGUGGAUGGUCCAGGAAAGAGAACACUUUGGCCGGUGUUAGCCAUCUCACAGGGGCCACUUAUUCUGGCUUGCCUGCCUUUAGUGGAUGCCCCCCCUGAGCCACGGCCACCUCUGGCUAACCUGCUGUCAGUCUCACAAGGCCUCACACUACUGGCAGGGCUAGAGACCUAUCUCCUUGGCUCAGGGAGUAAGCUUGAUAGUGAGGGGCUGUCCUCUCGCCUGGCAAUGCUGCCCUCUGUACUCCUUCAGAUUUGCCCACUUGGCACACCCCUGGAUGUCCCGCCACUGGGAGCACCUGCUACACCCAUAGUACCCACACCUGCUGGGAACCAAAAGCAGCCAUCCUGGAAGACAGGGCUCCACCGCGGUCGGGCUAUGGUGAACGUAGCAUUGAUAGAAACUGUGCGCUCCAUGCAGUAUGGUAACCAGAGCAGACAGGACCUUUGGGAUGUUUAUGGCACUGUGACAUGCAAAUGUGAAGUGGAGGGGGUGCUCCCAAAUGUAAUGGUGACCCUCACACUGCCACCAAAUGGUUCUCCGCUGCAGGACAUCCUGGUCCAUCCCUGCGUCACUUCACUGGAUUCUAGUAUCUUGACUGCCAGCAGCGUGGAUAACUGUGAUGGCUCGGCUUUCUCUGGGCCAUAUAAGUUCCCCUUCUCUCCACCCCUGGAGACUUUCAGACUAUGCAGCUACACAUCUCAAGUUCCUGUUCCCCCUAUCCUUGGUUCCUAUCAACUGAAGGAAGAAGAGAACCAGCUGCAUGUGUCAGUAAUCCUGAAACUUCACGAAAGUGUGAAGAAUAGCUUUGAGUACUGUGAAGCACACCUGCCCUUUUUUAACAGGGUUCAGAUGAGCGUGGUGGAUGUGAGGGUGAGCGCUGGACAAUUGGAUGUUUCAAAGGAGAAGAACUUGCUGGUCUGGAGCCUAGGGCAGAAGUUCCCUAAAUCUCGGGAGGUCACAAUGGAGGGAAAGAUUAGCUUUUUUGGGCCAACACCAGGACCUACUGAUCCCCUUUAUUCAGAUCUUACAGCCUACGUCAAAUUGCAUUUCAAAGUGCCUGAUAUGACACUCUCUGGCUGCUGUGUAGACCAGCAUUCAGUGCAGGUUUAUUCUUCUGCCAAACCACGGAUCGUAACAUCCCGAGAACUUCAAUCCAAAGAGUACUUCAUAUGGAAUUCAACAGGCACUGCUCCAGUAUCCUCUGGGCAGAUGAUGCUGUAGCAUGAUUCCAUAGAAAAAGCUUAGUGUAAAGGUGCAAGUUCAUGUAGUACCUGGACUGGAUACUGAAGAUCCUGUCAAGCAGUAUGACCCCUUUAAAUUCUUUUGUUACAAUCUUUUUGUUACUGGAAGGCUUACAAAUGCUCAAAAUUCAAAAUAAUAGUUAAAAUGGUUGGUAGAGUUGACACAUUAUCUUAUAUUCACAUAUAAAUCAUAUUUGGUUUCAGUCAGCCUACUGGCAGAAAUGCAGCUUUUUCAUUUAUUUUUUUUUUUGGAAGGAUGGCUUCUUAAAAAAAAAAAACCUCCCCCUGUAGUCCAACUUCUUUUAUCCCCCAGUCUUCACCCUCCUUCCAAAUUUAUCCCAUUGCAGACACAAAGGCCACCCCUCACUCUGACAGUCCCACUUCAGUGACUCUCCAUCAGCCGGAUAAUUAGCAGCUGGGGCCGUGCCAUCAGCUGUUGUGGGCUUGGAGGAGAGGGGGGGCUCGGCUGUGAAAGGCCCGGGCUGCUCUGACCAGUGUCCUGACUACAAAGGGCUCCUCUUUUACAGCUGGCAGGAGUCCUUACCCCCACCUCCUUUGACCCCGUCCCCACCCUGUCAACUAGUGGUUAGUUCAAGCACACAACCUGUCCAACCAGACUGUGAUUGAGCGCUGACCCUCUGGCCCUCUGAGACUUUAAAAGCAGCUGGUCCCAUUCAGAACGCAGGACCUGCCUAAUUGGUGAAAAAGUCACAAGGGCGGUAAUGAUUGGGUCGCCUCUUGAGGUUGCAGUGGUGCUUUGACUCAGUUAAUGCAGAACAUCGAAGAUUUUUAUUGCUGUAUCAACUUACAGUUUAGGCCUUCAUUUAUAAUUGAUACUUAAUUAUCAAUAAUUUGUUUGAAUAGGAGUGUGGAGAUUGAGAUUUGGAUGGUUUCCACAGUUUAUUGUUCUGUUACCUGGACUUACCUGGAGUUGCAUGUCGACUCCGUUACAUUUCUACUGUAAAAACUCCACCUCCACACACUAAGUUGAAUUAAUAACAAGUCAGUGAAGGGUUAAAUUAGUGGUACUUGUGGCCCCCUAUUCCAUAGCAGCCAGACUCCUCUGAGUGCCUUCAUUGUCUGCUGUUGGCCUCUUGUGCCCCUUGCUGGUCCAAAUGCUACAUUCUCACGUGGAUUUCCACUCAGAAGGGUGACCAUGACCAAUCCUCUGUCAAUUGGAACCAAUUGCUCACACGGCAUCCUUCACCUUCUUUUUAUGUAGCAGUACGGAGUGGCAGACAUCGAGACCUCUCGGCUCUCCCCCUCCAUGAUGAUUUGGCUUUAAGGCCUAGUGUGUAUGGCUAGUGAACCGGAAAAGAAGAAAUUUUUGAAGAGUUGGGCCACUCUAAAUCUCCUCGGUAUCCCAAUAUGUGGUCAGUCUGGCUCCUCAAGUCUUCAGUCACCGUUUUCUCACUGGCAGACUUGGCUUUGUUGGUUGAUUGAUUUGCUAAAUAGACUGACUUGAUUUAAUGUGUUGCUCUGCUCCAGUGCCUUCAGCCCAUACUGUACCUGUGGGCCUUUAAUUCUCUUGUGCUUUUUAAAAAUUGGUAAUUGAUUCCAUUAUUAUUUGUUCUUGUAAACAUUAUAAAUGAGCAUUAUUAACUCUUUGGUACAAUAAUCAUGAAAAUAAAAACUCUCAUCUCCUAAAAUAAAACUGCAAGUGGCACAGAGGUGUGAAUUGUCAUAAAUCAUGACUGAAGUUGCAUAGCUAGUGUUCAAAAUGAUCUUUCAUACCAAAACAUUUACUACACUGCACCUGUUAUCCACUGAAUUGUGAGAGUUUACAUUGUGUCCAUAAGCCCAGUAAUGACACCCAGUGGUAGAGUACAGUUUAGUUCAUGUUAGACUGUUUGACAGUUUGAUGUACAUUUCUUCUGUUGAAAUAGUUCCAGUUAAGCACUGCCAGGUGAUCUCUGCUGGUUUAACUGUGUGAUGUGAUCCCAGCAACGUUCAUUUAAGUCACCGUGUCUGAGGACCAAGCUUUUGUCGGCCACUGUGGCCUCAGGUGUUUGAUAGGAGCCCACAGCCUCUCUAAACCCACUAAGAGUCAGCCUGAGGGAGACCACAUGAAGAAUGGCAACAAAUUAGCAGUUUUCUGUUUGUCCAUGAUCUUUUUAAAUAACAGAAUAUCUUUGGAUGCGUAAGGAUGCUUAUGUGCUAACUUCUAAAACCCAUGUCUAAUAAUAGACCUGAAGCUUGGUAGAUGAGUGAGUUGAAUCCCAACUUUUGAACUAAACAUAAAGCUUAUUUUAUUUAUAUUUGCUAUCAAUAUUGUAGGAAAGUUAAAUGAUCUUCAGAUUCACUGCUUCAUCAGCAGGCUUUGCAACUUUAGUGCAUCACUGCCACCUAUAGAUGGCGCCAUAGAUUCAGACAUGCGGUGAGAGCCCUGAAUAUGGGAAUUCCGUUCAUGUUGCAAGUUGAUUUGAUCUUGAAC